CCCCCUAUGUUUAGAGUGAGGCUGGUCAUCUUCCUGUGUGGGGGGCAACCUCUAGGCUCUGCAAACUGCGAAACCAUGGCUGCCACAUCCUGUUCAUUUUCCAAUUUAGCUCAACCCCUGUGUCCGGCCCAAGAGAAGAGGCGCCAUGGCCCCCAAACUCAUCGCCGUCCUGUGUCUGGGGUUGUGCCUGGGCCAGAAGAUCUGCACACAGGCGGGUGCUCCCAACGAGCUCUCCCUGUCAGCCCGGCCGAGCCCUGUGGUUCCCCUGGGAGGACGUGUGACUCUCUCCUGUGAUUCCCAUCAUCGGUUUGCCACAUUCACAAUAUACAAGACAUCUGGGAACCAGGACCCGGUGUUGCUCACUGGCCGUUCCAGUGACUUUACCAUCAGCCCCGUGACCCCAGGACACGCAGGGACCUACAGAUGUUCUGGAUUUUCCAGCCGCACCUCACAGCAGUCAGCUCACAGCAACUCCCUGAUGAUCGUGGUCACAGGUGCGUUCAGAAAACCAUCCAUCUCUGCACACCCAAGCUCCCCGGUGGCUGCGGGAGCCAGGGUGACCGUGCGCUGUCACUCGGAGCUGGCAUUUGAUGAAUUUAUCUUAUACAAAGAGGGGCACACACAGCAUUCCCAGGAGCUUGACGAGGGGAUGGAGGCUGGGACUCACUACAUCGAGGCUGUGUUUCUCCUGGGCCCCGUGACGCCGGCCCAUGCGGGGGCCUACAGAUGCUGUGGUUCUUUCAGUCACUCCCGCUAUGAGUGCUCGGCUCCCAGUGACCCCCUGGAGAUUGUGAUCACAGGAAAACACAAAAAGCCUUCUCUCUCCACCCAGGUGGGCCCCAUGGUGGGGUUGGGAGAGAACGUGACAUUAUUCUGUAUCUCCGAAGUCUCAUUUGACCGGUACCAUCUGUGGAGAGAGGGGGCUCCUCAUGGCCAGUGGCUCAGUGGAGGGCAGGGACACAGGGGAGCGUUCCAGGCCAACUUUUCCGUGGGCCCCGCAAUGUCAGCCCAUGGCGGGACCUAUAGAUGCUACGGUUCUUUCAAUGCCUCGCCGUAUGAGUGGUCGGCCCCCAGUGAGCCCCUGCACCUUUCCGUCACAGGUGAGGAACCCAC